CCCGCGCGCAGCCUUGCGGCAAUCCAGCUAUUACGCCGCCGUGCCGCACCUAGGGUUCUCCUCUUCGCCGGGAUUGCUCCUUCUUAGCCUGUUUCUUUUGCCGUUUUGUUUUAAGGCCGUUGCGGAAAAUGAAUGCUGAUUGAAAUUGAGAGUAUUCGUUGUGACAUAAUAGAAUUGAUUCUUGGCUCGAGCUAAAGAGGAUGACCGCCGACCAUACGUCACCGCCCCAAAUGUAGGACGCCGCUGCACACUAGUGCGACUCUAUAGUUACUGUUGCUGGACCGCCAAUGCUUCUGGGCCAUCAGAUUCUCAGCCGCCUCUUCCCCCCCCUACUGUCUCUCCGCCCCUAGCUGCUCCGCCUUGCUUUCUUAAUAUUUGUGCAGGUAAAUGGAGAUACGCCCAAACAAAAACCGUAGAGAAGAACUAGUUCAUAGUUCUACUUCGGCGGGUCCUUCUAAAACUCAUAAGCUCUCCCUUUUCUAUGACGUCAAACCUGCUUUUCGUAUAGAAUACACUUACCCAGUUGCGUUUUAUCUCUUGAAUGGUCAUAUUAAACCUGAAAAUCGAAUUCAUGAACGCCACCACCAGCGCCUCACAACUCAUAAUGUUUAUUGUGAGAGGACGGCGUCAUGGGAGGGUAAAGUGAGUUUUGAGAAGCCAACUAAGUUGGAGUUGAGAUUUGUUUGGCCAUCACUCAGCAACACAGGCGAUAAGAGAUUUCCCAAAAAACAGUUGCGGAAACAUUCACGACGUGGGGGCUUGACUGAUAACGGUUGUCUAGGACUUGCCGUUAAUCAGUAUAACCAGCUUGGACUGAAAACUUUGAUUGAAAGACUCGUCCUCAGACUACUCUCUGUAUGUAGUCACGUACAAGCACCUCAAAGACCCUCGGUACUUGGUGAUGAUUACCGUGGUUUUCCGGUGCCAGUUGUACUUGAUGUGCUCGAUCAACUCCUCCCCGGAUGGCUUCCGAGAUUCGGGUGCAAGAAAGUUGGCAGCGAGCUCUUCUUUUACAAUCUUGUGCUCAGGACGUAUGCGGAUGGAACCGAAGCUCCGAGACCAGAAUAUGUUCGGAAAAAGCCGCGGGUUCUUGGAUGCAAAGCCGAAGACUACGUGUAUCUAAGAACUCGAUAGAUUAAGACUCAAGAGCAUUGAGAUUGGAAGAUCGAGAAGCUCAUCAAAGGCUUGGAAGCUGCUGGAGGAAAUGGCACCAUCAUGAUAUCAUUAUUCGUUGAGAUCAAAUAUCUCGAGUGAAAGAAAUGCUUGGUGAUGAAUUUGGUACUGCAUCCUAUAUCAAAAGCAGAGUCAAUCGCCAAUCUGUGCUUGGUGCAAUCACUUCUGCGCAGCAAAGGUUGAAGCUUUACAAGAAAGUGCCGUCCAAUGGACUUUUGCUUUACCUAGGGACCUCCAUGACCGAAGAUGGAAAGGAGAAGAAAGUUACUAUUGACUUUGCGACUCUCAAACCCAUCAAUGCAUCUCUUAAUGAACAUUUUUUUUGCGACUCUUAGUGGGGCAACACUAGAGAAGUGCUUCACAAAUUCAGUGUUGACUUCUCAAAAAGCACGGAUGUGAGGCCAGUGCUUUUCAGUUUGCUUGUCUUAGGAUGGAGAAGCGCCAUAACUAUGUGAGGAAGACUCCUGAACUUGCCACCCAGUUCUUCAUCAAUUCUCGCACUAGCCAGCCUAAUGUUUCUGGGCUUAUAUUGCCGGGUCAGCGGACUUCAGGACACUGCUCAGUCAGUCAGUCUGACAUGUUUGAUCCACGACUGCAGGCAAAGAUACUGAAUGCAGUGGAUGUCUCUUAUGGCAGGGAGAAUGGAUUCAAUCAGGCAAUUGAGCUGUCGGCUGAGAUCUUUGCUAGUGUGAAGUUCAUCCUAGAGAGAUUUUACUGGGAAGUACUUUGAGGAGAUCAGUCAGGAUUCUGGUAAAUAUGUUUUCGGGGUUGAUGAGAGUUGACAUGCUGAAAGCGUUGGUGAUUGGUGCUAUGAAGACUCUCAUUGUUGGGGGGAACUUGGAUAUUACCCCUGAAAAGUGUUUCCACUAGUGAAUUACAAGUAGGGUCACAGUUUUGCUGUGGGUUUGUUGGCAUUGGAGGGAUUCUAUGCUACCAG